AUGCCUCGUGCGGGGGAGCGAGCGGUGUCGCUGCCGCCGCACCACAUGCUGAAUACGUUUUCCGAUAUCAAUGUAUGUGCACCCAUGGUACGGUACUCCAAGUUACCAUUCCGCGCAUUAGUCGCGCGGUACGAUACCCACAUCACCACGACUCCCAUGAUGCUCGCGACCGAAUUCAGCCGCAACCAACAAGCGCGUAACGCCGACUUUAGCACGAAUGACGAAGAGCGGGGCCUAUUUGCGCUUGUGCCACAAAAUAGGCAUACCCCGGUUCAAAUACGAGGCGCACUUGUGUGCCAAUUCGCAGCGAGCGCGCCGACGCCGCUCGCCGAUGCAGCUGAGCUUGUAAGUCCGUACGUGGACGGCAUCGAUCUCAAUUGCGGGUGUCCGCAGCCAUGGGCAUAUGCCGAGCAUAUUGGAUCUUUUUUGUUGCGACAGCCAGAAACAGUGCGGGAUAUGAUCCGUGCCGUCAAGGCGCGGCUGGGUGAAGGGUACUGCGUCAGCGUAAAAAUUCGCGUGGACGCCGAGUCGCAUCAUACAGACACGCUGGUGCGCAAUGCAUUGCAUGCCGGUGCAUCCUACAUCACGAUCCACGGCCGCACGCGGCACCAAGCGAGCGCAUCGCACCCGGUCGACCUCGACGCUGUGCGCUUCGCCGUCGAUACUGCGAAUGCCUGUGGAAUACAGACAGCGCGCGGCACCUCACCGGGCGAUGCAUGGGCCUACGCCGAGGACGGCGGGGGAGGCGGAUUUGCGCCGUGCAUUGUCAAUGGCGAUAUAUGGACGCGCGAGGAUGCUAUAGAAUACAGAGCCAAGACAGGCGCACGCGGUGCAAUGAGUGCACGCGGCCUGUUGGCAAACCCGGCGCUCUUUUCAGGGCAUACCAGGACGCCAAAAGAGGCCGUCGGAUACUUUACAGAGCGUAGCAUUGCGUGGGGACUACCUGUGGCCCAUUUGCAGUAUGUAUCAAGCGAUGCACUCACAACAGUCGGCAUCUUGCGUACAUGCUCGAGGAAAGCAUCGCAAGCAGGGCAGAAUCCAUCUACUUUAAUUCUCUGGUGA